UAAAUAAAUAAAUAAAUAAAAGCCUCCUUCCCACCAAGCUUUCUUUUCCCUCCCAUUGCCGCCGCCACCGUCUCUGUACCGGUUUUGUUUUCCCCUUUUCCUCCUCCUCCAUAUCUCCCUCUCCUCUGCAACCCACGUCGGCGAACUCUCUCUGCUUCAGUCACACGCCGGCACAUCUCCAUCGGCAACGCCCGUUUCUUCCUUCUCUCCCUAUCUCCCUCUCUGCUUCAACGGCGCCGGCACGUAUGACUUCCCAGCCUUCUUCUACUCGUCUCUGACUGCCCACCAAUUUGCUCUGCUCGUCGUUAAGUUCUGAUGCCUCUCACGAAUGAUCUAACCCUCUCUGCCNCCCCCCCCCUCCAGUGAAAUCGAGCGGCAUAAUACGAUGGCAAUGCGGUGGUUUUCCAAGUUGAAGUUACCCAUUUGUUAUUCGGUAUUCCUACGAGGUCUAAUGAGGAGACCCAUUAGAGAUAUCCCAUUACCAGUAAAAUCGACGGUUGCCGGAUUUCAGCCGGAUUCCAGCCGACCCUUAAGCGGAUUCCGGCUAUAUCACGACGGGAGGCCGCGGGGACCCCUUUGGAGAAGCCGGAAAGCAAUUGGGAAAGAAGCGCUUUUCGUUAUUCAGGGAUUGAAGAGAUUCAAGGAAGAUGAAGAGAAGCUCCAGAAGUUCAUGAAAUGUCAUGUUUUGAGGCUCUUGAAAUUGGACAUGAUUGCUGUGCUUGGUGAACUUGAGCGGCAGGAAGAGGUUGCUUUAGCCGUCAAGGUAUUUCGGUUGAUUCAAAAGCAAGAAUGGUACAAGCCCGAUGUUUUUCUCUACAAAGACUUGAUUGUUGCAUUAGCUAGAAGUAAACAGAUGGAUGAUGCAAUGGAAUUAUGGGAAAGCAUGAGAAAGGAGAAUUUAUUCCCUGAUUCUCAAACGUACACCGAAGUCAUCAGAGGCUUCUUGAAAUAUGGAUCUCCUUCUGAUGCAAUGAACAUAUAUGAAGAUAUGAAGAAGUCUCCUGAUCCACCAGAUGAGUUGCCAUUUAGAAUUUUGUUGAAAGGACUUUUGCCACACCCCCUUUUGAGAAACAGAGUGAAGCAAGAUUUCGAGGAGAUCUUUCCUGACCAGCACGUGUACGAUCCCCCGGAAGAGAUAUUCGGCCUACGCUGAGUGAAUUAAUAGGACGUUUUGUCGGAGAACAUUACUCCGGUUUUGUGAUGUUUCCUGCUGCUGGAGCUGAAAGCAAAACGACGAAGCGUGACGAUACAAAACUGCAAUGAGAUGGAGACAUUAUCAAUGGCGUUUCUCGGGACAGGCGUCUUGGGAUUCAAAGGAGAAGGUAAAGAAGAUG